AUGGACAACUCCCAUGUUGCCCUGGUGUCCAUGCUUCUGAAGGCGGAGGGCUUCUCUCCUUACCGCUGCGACCGCAACAUUGCCCUGGGCAUCAACCUGACCUCUCUGACCAAGGUCCUGCGCGCCGCCCAAAAUGAAGACAUUCUCACGCUGAAGGCGGAGGACUCGCCCGAUGCUGUCAACCUGAUGUUCGAGAGCGCUGAGACCGACCGUCUCAGCGAGUACGAUAUCAAGCUGAUGGACAUUGACCAAGAACACCUGGCCAUUCCGGAGACGGAGUAUGCCGCGACGAUCGAGAUGCCGGCUGCAGAGUUCCAGCGCAUCUGCAGGGAUCUCAACGCCCUUUCCGAGUCGGUCGUCAUUGAGGCCACGAAGGAGGGUGUCAAGUUCUCCUGCCAGGGCGACAUUGGCAGUGGAUCCGUCACCAUCCGUCAACACACCAGCGUCGACAAGCCCGAGCAGAACGUCUCCAUCGACCUCUCCGAACCCGUUGCCCUUACCUUCUCCCUCAAGUACCUCGUCAACUUCUGCAAGGCCACCAACCUCUCCUCCAAAGUCACCCUCUCUCUGUCUCAGGAGGUGCCUCUGCUGGUGGAAUACGGUCUGGGCAGCGGUCACCUGCGGUUCUACCUCGCUCCUAAGAUCGGCGACGAGGAAUAA